GCCCUACCUUAACCCUGGGAUUUGAGGCGCCAAUUGGUUUUGUACCAUUGAAACGUCGCACGUUCCUUCCAUGUUUCCCCAGCUGAGCCCCCGACAGCGACAGAGCGAGAGAGUAAGGAGCGCGCCGAAUACCACGACAUAGCCAGCGCAACGCAAAGACUCGCCUUUUCCUUCCGCCCGCAGCCGGCCCAUCUUCGCAUGCGCACGUGCAGCUCCCGUCACGCUCUCGCGCGGCUCUCGAUGGCACAGGCUGUCGGGAGAGCUGCCCGAGUGUGGACGCGUUGCCUGAAUCCGCAUGGCAUCCGCGACCAUCCCUAAGCCACUGCCGACCUCUCCUCGCCCAUCGAUCCACACGAACGGAUCCGACCAUGGCCCGGUCGCAUGCAUGACCCCAACCCGCCCCGUUCCCAGACCGACCUCUCCGCCCCUUACCAUCCGGCUGUGCCUGGACCGGCCCGACAUUACCACUCGUGAUGUUGGGCAGACCGCCGCGCCAACAGCGUGGCACCACGACCCCUUCCGCGAAGCGGGCGAGUUUCGCACCACGCCGGGACGCCUUUAUAAUCGCAAGGACACCCUCGAUUCCACCGUCCCAUCCAAAGAUCACUCAGACACUUGGUCGACGGAUGAUUCUGACGCAACUUCCGACAACUCCCAUUCACCUCCCGCGCCCCUGAGACGCUUCGUUUCCGUCCCGCCACCACAGCCACUCCCUCCACGCGGCAACCCUCGCUUUCUACCGCCUCCGCCGUGGCACCCGCCUGUUGGGCCAGGGGGUGUGCGACCGAGACCCUUGCGGCCUCCCGCCCGCAAUGCUCGUGAAGCCGACUCGGCAUAUUCCGAGUUCGAGUACGAGGGCUCAGAUGAUGGAGCAACCAAGAGCAUGCCCGGCCGAAGCACCCGGCGCUAUGAGCUCCAGCAAGAGUUCCAGGACAAGCAGCGGAGCAUCUGGCAGUUGAGGCACGAGAUGUCCCGGAAACGGAAGGAGCUGCGGGACCUCAGGCGCCGAAAAGACGACUUGGACAAUGGCGUUAUGCAAAUCUUCAGGGCCCACCUGACGUCCAAGAGCCGGGUCGCCGUCAUCGCCAUGGACGUGCUUGAAGAAAAGCUUCGGGACAUGCAGGCUGUCCGAGAUGAAUACUACACGGCCGAAUCCCUUUACGAGACCAUGGAGGCGAAGAUGGAUACCGAGGAAUCGGAACUCGAGCUGCUAGAGCUCGAGCUGUCCGGCUUGCCGCCCAGCCGGGUGAUCCCUGGUCCUGUGGUUCAGUUGCCGCCACCACCACCCACGAUGAAAGCACCUGGGAUCGUGGAAGUGAAGAAGCAAGGAGAGAAUUUGAAUAAUGACAUCGAGCCAGCACCACCGUCUCCAGUCACCCUUCUGGGCAUAUCUGGCGAUCUCCCUGAGGAUAUCCACCCCUUCUACGAGGAGCUGCUGGAAGCCGCCGGUGACCACCAGCUCGCUAAGGAAUACGUCGAGGACAUUGAGAUGCACCGGGAAAGGAUUCUCUACGAUCUGGAGAUUGAGCUGCAUCGCAAGCGUGUACGGGAGAACCAAGGCAACCAGAUCAGUGAGGCGGACCUCCACUCCCUUCGAUCCUCCCUAGAGAAAGUUCCCACCGACGCGGCGGAAUUUGAGGCCCGCUUCGGCAUCACCAUCACCGAAGACGAUCUCGACUUCCUCCGCGACUACGAGCUCAGGUCGAAACGCGCCCGCAAAGAACUCGACUUCGCCACCGAAAACCUGUCGCACCUCCGCGCCCUGUGUCUCAAAAAAGGGGUAAUGCGCAAGCACGCAUCAUAUCACGAAGAAUUAGCCAUCUUUUCUGAUUCCCCGGACUGGUCCCCCCUGCCACAAGACGGUAACAUGGCCAUCGAACCACCCCCGCGGACCCCACCAGCUGCGAACAACACCACCCCAUCGCUCGCCCAUCCCCGCUUCCCCAUCCUCCUCUCCAACCCAUCCCACGUGCUCUCCCUGCAAACCCCUUUGCAGGCACUGGAGCAGGCGCUGAAAUUACCCAAGGACGACCCGGCCAGCGCGCUGCGGCGCGCUGAGUGCAUGAAGGAGCUGGGUAUAAGCACGCUCAUGACAAAGGCCGACAAUACGCCCGACUACAUCAACCAGUGGCUAAUCCACCGGCUGCGGACCACCCCGCUCGAGGCCGAGCUCCUGCUGGCCGUGUGCGAGGCCGAGUUCAGGGUGGUCAACCUGCGCCGGUGGCAGGAGGAUGUGUUGUUUUAUUGGCGUCUAGACGAAGCGGCGAACGUCGAGGUGGGGGUUUUUGACGGCGCCGUCUCGCCGAGGUAUCCGUAUCCCGACGGCGGGGUGGAGUUGGGGCGGUGGAUGGGUGAUGGUGGUGGGGGGAGUUUUGGGGGAAAGGUGAAUUCUGUGAUCGAGGAUGAAGGGCGGGUCAGGAGUGAUGAUGGGGAGGCGGUGAGUCCGGGGGUUGUCAAGGGGAAAGCGAGGUCGGUGAGGAGCUUGGGGUGAUUUUUCACUGUGACCUUUCUCCUGGCCGCCGAGUCGUUCCUGACCGAGUUCCGCGGCACAUGCUACGGCAUCGCCUCUGCGGCCGGUAAGCUGGGAGCCAUCAUUGUCCACCCAUCACCGAGAGGGUCGGCAAGGGCCGUCGUGCAGCUCUGGGAACUCACGUUGCGAUACGCAUACUCUUUCUUCUUGGCUCAACUUUGGUUUCUUUUGUUAUUCCUUCCUUCUUCUCUUCAAGUUUUGCUUAUCUCUUCUUGGUUGGAGUCUUUGCUUGAAGCUAGCGACGCUGCUGGAGAAUGCAUUAGCGGGUUUGAAUU